AUGGCGGACACCACAAAAUUUCCGUUCGUCGUGACUGAGCAUAUCAUCGACGGACAACAUAUUCGGGAAUAUCCUAAUGCCACUGUGGAUCCAGAUUCGACUUUCAAGCUUGUCUUAAAAAGAUAUACGCCAAUCGACAACCCAAAUCCGCAACCUGGUGAUGUCACCAUCAUUGGAGCACAUGGCUGCGGUUUCCCAAAGGAGCUAUACGAACCUCUAUGGGAAGAUCUACUUAAUCGAAGUCGACAAGACGGCUAUCGCAUUCGAUCUAUCUGGAUUGCCGAUGUCGCAAAUCUCGGUGCCAGCGGUCUUGCAAAUGAGAGAUUUCUCGGAAAUGAUCCAUCAUGGAUCGAUCACAGCCGUGACCUUCUAUACAUGAUCAACAAGUUCCGUGACGAGAUGCCACAGCCUAUUGUAGGCGUGGGACAUAGCAUGGGUGCAGGGCAACUCGUUCUACUUUCCCUCCUUCAUCCCCGUUUGUUCACAUCACUGAGCCUUGUGGAGCCCGUUAUUUCUCCAGACAUAUUCACGGCCAAAGGCCCCUUGUUGGCAGUUGUAUCGCUGAAAAGGCGAGACACUUGGAAAUCUAGAGCCGCAGCUAUCGAAAAAGCAAAAGUUACACAUAAAGGAUGGGAUAAGCGCGUCCUUGACCGAUGGAUCCUUCACGCUUAUCGCGAUAUUCCAUCGACAACUUCUGCGCAGGAAAACCUUCCAGCCCAAGUUGAGCAAGCAGUAACCCUGACCAGCUCCAAAUACCAAGAAGUACUACAGUACCUUCGUCCAAACCCAUCAAGCCACAUAUCAGUCGGCGAAGAACCUACUUCAAACACACCUCCACAUGAUGACCUCCUCUAUCCAGACAUCAUUGGACCCCCGGAGACAACCACACAAUUCUACAGAUACGAACCAAUCUUGGCUUGGAAGAUGCUCAAGCAUUUGCGUCCACCUGUUCUCUAUGUCUUGGGACAGAGUAGUCCCAUUGCUGCACCUGAGACUCGUGAGAAGAUUCUCAAACGGACGGGCGCCGGGAUCGGAGGGAGUGGCGGUGUGAAAGCUUUACGAGUUGAAGAGAAGGUUAUUCCAGGCUCUCAUCAGCUACCGCUGGAAAGGGUCCUUGAGACGGCUGCUAUUGUUGGUCCUUGGAUUAGCAGUUCAGUACGGCGUUGGAAAGAGGAUGAGGCGCGGAUUGCGGAGGGUUGGGCUUGUCGGCCGAUGAGUGAAAGAUUGAAGAGUAUGGCGGAUUGGGUUCCCAAGUUGGAGAAAAUGAUGUCUUCUGAGAGACGGGAGUCAAGGCUAUGA